UUCCUGGCUCAAAACCCCAUACGUCUCUCUCACUUUCUACGCUUUUUCCAAAACUUUUCCUCUCUCGAGUCAGACACCCCACUCUCUCUCACUCCUACUGACUCGCCACCUUAAGAAGACGCAUCCAUGGCGACCGCGAGAGUGCUAGCAGUCGCCAACACCACCGGCGCCGCCACAGCCUCGUGCCUGCUCUCCAAGGCGACUCCUUUGUUCCCCAAGCACGGCGUCUCUUUCGCCAGGAGAUUGCCGUCGACGACCAGGAGGUCCUUCGCUUGUCGCGCCAUCUACAACCCUCAGGUUCAGGUCAAGGAGGAAGGUCAGGCCGAAACCCUAGAUUACAGAGUCUUCUUCCUCGACGGUUCCGGCAAAAAGGUUUCCCCUUGGCAUGAUAUUCCUCUCCACUUGGGAGAUGGUGUUUUCAAUUUUGUUGUUGAAAUACCCAAAGAAUCGAGUGCAAAGAUGGAGGUUGCUACUGAUGAGCAACACACUCCAAUAAAGCAGGACACAAAGAAAGGAAAGCUUCGAUACUACCCUUACAACAUAAAUUGGAAUUAUGGAUUGCUUCCUCAAACAUGGGAAGACCCAUCGUUUGCUAACUCUGAAGUUGAAGGUGCAUUUGGAGAUAAUGAUCCAGUUGAUGUUGUUGAGAUUGGUGAAAGUCAGAGAAAGGUUGGUGAGAUUCUCAAAGUGAAGCCCUUGGGUGCUCUAGCUAUGAUUGAUGAGGGGGAACUUGACUGGAAAAUAGUUGCAAUUUCAUUGGAUGAUCGAAAAGCUUCUCUUGUGAAUGAUGUUGAUGAUGUUGAGAAGCAUUUCCCUGGAACUCUUACUGCAAUAAGGGACUGGUUUAGAGAUUACAAGAUCCCUGAUGGCAAGCCUGCUAACAAGUUUGGUCUUGGCAACAAGGCAGCAAAUAAGGACUAUGCUCUUAAGGUCAUCACCGAAGCCAAUGAAUCUUGGGCCAAACUAGUCAAGAGAUCAAUAUCCGCAGGAGAGCUGUCACUUGUAUAGAGCGGGAACUCCCGGUGCUUGUACGUGUUAGUUAUUUAUUUAGAUGCUUCUGAGAGCAUUCCUGGGAAUAAUUAAUAUAUAAAUUCUGACAUUCAAUGCCAUUUUUCCCUUAUUGAGCUAGAAUAAUCUCUACCGGUCUAUUUCUUUUGUUUACUUUGACGAAACAUGUUGAUUCUGAGCGGAAUUUAGUUUAUCAUCACGUGUAAGAUUUAAAUUUGGUUUGCUAUAUGAUUCUCUCUAUUUAAAUUGGC